CCGGCAAUCUCUUCGCUCCCGCCCUGACGUCAUCGGCGGGCGCCGCGGCGCGGUGGCGGGCACGCGCGGCCGAGAAGAUGUCUCCUACGCCGCCGCUCUUCACUUUGCCCGAAGCGCGGACGCGGUUUACGAAAUCUACCAGAGAGGCCCUGAACAACAAAAAUAUCAAGCCCUUGUUGAAUACCUUCAGCCAGUUGCCUGGAAGUGAAAAUGAAAAAAAAUGUACCCUUGACCAAGCUUUUAGAGGUGUUGUAGAAGAAGAAAUUAUAAAUCAUUCAUCAUGUGAAAACGUUUUAGCUGUUAUUUCUCUUGCUAUUGGGGGAGUUACUGAAGGUAUUUGUACAGCAUCUACACCUUUUGUAUUGUUGGGAGAUGUUUUGGAUUGCCUUCCUUUGGAUCAGUGUGACACGAUAUUCACUUUUGUGGAAAAAAAUGUUGCUACUUGGAAAUCAAAUACAUUCUAUUCUGCUGGGAAAAAUUAUUUACUACGUAUGUGCAAUGAUCUCUUACGAAGAUUAUCAAAAUCCCAGAAUACAGUCUUCUGUGGACGAAUUCAGCUCUUUUUGGCCAGACUUUUCCCUUUAUCUGAGAAGUCAGGUCUUAACUUGCAGAGUCAGUUUAAUCUGGAAAAUGUCACUGUUUUCAAUACCAAUGAGCAGGAAAGCACAUUGGGUCAAAAGCACAUGGAGGACAGAGAAGAAGGAAUGGAUGUGGAAGAAGGUGAAAUGGGGGAUGAUGAAGCUCCAACAACUUGCUCCAUUCCAAUUGAUUACAACCUGUACCGAAAAUUUUGGUCACUUCAGGAUUACUUUAGGAACCCUGUGCAAUGCUAUGAGAAAAUUUCAUGGAAAACUUUUCUCAAGUAUUCUGAAGAAGUUCUAGCUGUUUUUAAGAGUUAUAAAUUAGAUGAUACUCAGGCCUCAAGGAAAAAGAUGGAAGAAUUGAAAACAGGAGGAGAGCAUGUAUAUUUUGCAAAGUUUUUAACAAGUGAAAAGCUGAUGGAUUUACAACUGAGCGACAGUAACUUUCGUCGACACAUCCUGUUGCAGUAUCUCAUUUUAUUCCAGUAUCUCAAGGGGCAGGUCAAAUUUAAAAGUUCAAACUAUGUUUUAACUGAUGAGCAAUCACUCUGGAUUGAAGAUACUACAAAAUCAGUUUAUCAACUACUAUCUGAAAACCCCCCUGAUGGAGAAAGAUUUUCAAAGAUGGUAGAGCAUAUAUUAAACACUGAAGAAAACUGGAACUCAUGGAAAAAUGAAGGCUGCCCAAGUUUUGUGAAAGAAAGAACAUCAGAUACCAAGCCGACAAGAGUAGUACGGAAGAGAACGGCUCCAGAGGACUUCCUAGGGAAAGGACCCAACAAAAAAAUUCUGAUGGGAAAUGAGGAGUUAACAAGGCUUUGGAAUCUCUGUCCUGAUAAUAUGGAAGCCUGUAAAUCAGAGACAAGGGAAUAUAUGCCAACUUUGGAGGAAUUCUUUGAAGAAGCCAUUGAACAGGCAGACCCUGAAAAUAUGGUUGAAAAUGAAUUCAAGGCUGUGAACAAUUCUAAUUAUGGUUGGAGAGCCCUGAGACUGUUAGCACGGAGAAGCCCUCACUUCUUUCAGCCAACCAACCAGCAGUUUAAAAGUUUGCCAGAAUAUCUCGAAAACAUGGUAAUAAAGCUAGCCAAGGAAUUACCACCUCCUUCUGAAGAAAUAAAAACAGGUGAGGAUGAAGAUGAGGAAGAUAAUGAUGCUUUACUGAAGGAAAAUGAAAGUCCUGAUGUUCGGCGAGACAAACCUGUAACAGGGGACCAAAUAGAGGUAUUUGCCAACAAACUGGGUGAACAAUGGAAGAUUCUGGCCCCCUACUUGGAAAUGAAAGACUCAGAAAUUAGACAGAUUGAGUGUGACAGUGAAGACAUGAAGAUGAGAGCUAAGCAGCUGCUAGUCGCCUGGCAGGAUCAGGAGGGAGUGCACGCGACACCUGAGAACCUGAUCAAUGCACUCAACAAGUCUGGGUUAAGUGACCUUGCAGAAAGUCUAACUAAUGACAAUGAGACAAAUAGUUAGCUUUUUUUUUUUAUUAUUAAAACUGUGAUAAGCUUUUGUUACCAAGCAGCAUUUGAUAAGAGGUUCACUGGUUUUGGUAAACAAUAAACAUUUUUAUAACAGUU